GUGUGUGUGUGUGUGUGUGUGCGUGUGCGUGUGAGUGAGUGUGAGUGUGCGCGCGCCCCUGCUCUACCGAAGGCGCAAAAAAAGCCUCUAUAGCGAACACCCUUCAAAUAUGGCGGAGGGGGAACUGGACGUCGAUUCGCUCAUCUCCAGGCUUUUAGAGGUGCGAGGAUGUCGCCCAGGAAAGAUUGUGCAGAUGACGGAGGCGGAGGUGCGAGGGCUGUGUAUUAAAUCCCGAGAGAUCUUCCUGAGUCAGCCCAUUCUGUUGGAGCUGGAGGCCCCGCUUAAAAUCUGCGGUGACAUCCACGGUCAGUACACAGAUCUGCUAAGGUUGUUCGAGUACGGCGGAUUCCCCCCGGAGGCAAACUACCUCUUCCUGGGCGAUUACGUGGACCGAGGAAAGCAGUCUCUGGAGACCAUCUGCCUCCUGCUGGCCUACAAGAUCAAAUAUCCCGAAAACUUCUUCCUGCUGCGGGGAAACCACGAGUGCGCCUCCAUCAACCGCAUCUACGGCUUCUAUGACGAGUGCAAGCGCAGGUUCAACAUCAAACUUUGGAAGACAUUCACUGACUGUUUCAACUGUCUGCCCAUCGCCGCCAUCGUGGAUGAGAAAAUAUUCUGCUGCCAUGGAGGUCUGUCUCCUGACCUGCAGUCCAUGGAGCAGAUCAGACGGAUCAUGAGGCCCACAGACGUCCCUGACACAGGGCUGCUGUGUGACCUGCUGUGGUCCGACCCGGAUAAAGACGUUCAGGGCUGGGGAGAGAACGACCGCGGCGUGUCCUUCACCUUCGGAGCUGAUGUGGUCAGCAAGUUCCUCAACCGCCACGAUCUGGACCUCAUCUGCAGAGCGCACCAGGUGGUGGAGGAUGGGUAUGAGUUCUUUGCCAAGAGACAGCUGGUCACUCUGUUCUCUGCUCCGAACUACUGCGGCGAGUUUGACAACGCCGGCGGCAUGAUGAGUGUGGACGAAACGCUCAUGUGUUCCUUCCAGAUCCUGAAGCCUUCAGAGAAGAAGGCUAAGUACCAGUACGGUGGAAUGAACUCGGGGCGUCCCGUGACUCCGCCCCGCACAGCCACCCCACCCAAAAAACGGUGAACGCUCGAACGAGUGACGCCGAAAUGUAGAGCAAGAGAGAGAGAAAGAAAAGAGUGAACGAAUCGGAGGAUGAAGUACAAGGCAAGAUCGAGUGUCAAAGCUCCCUCUGCAAUUUCUACCAUGAUGGAAAAACAAUGUAGUCAUAUACACAGCGAGAAGCGACCCUUUCUGAUUUUAAACACUUAUUAAACUUUCCCCUCAUCUCCUAAACUUUCUUCUGUACUCCUAUACUCUGUUCUUUUCUCCAUCUUUCAGUCCCAGUCUUUGUCUGUGUAACCACGUUUUUCAAUGAAGUGUUUCGGGGGAAAAAUGUAUACUUACUGACACACACACAUACACACACACAUACACGCACACACACACAUUAGUCUGUCUGCAUAUCGGAGUGUUCCACUUUCGUUUUGUUUGGUUUGUGUUUUGGUUUACCUAUGACAGAAUGAUGUACAUUGACUAGUUCUUUCUGUUUUUUUAGUUUCAUUCUUCCCGACCUGUUUGAGAGAAACAGGAACACGUAAAUAAACCAAUAACUUCGUCUGGGUUUUCAGUAAAUAAACCAGAAUAAACUGAAA